UGUUUCCUAAGAUAAACCAACGACAAAGUAUGGUUUUGACCACAUUUCAGUCGCCAUUUCAUCUUCUCCAAGUCAGUCACUCUGUAUGAUUUUUAGCAAUAUUUUAAGCAGAUAUACUCCAGAAAUGUACCUUAAUAAGACUUUCAACACAUAUUCGACAGUAGACUUGACGUUUUAACCUAAUCAAUUAUUUGAAGAAUGAAAAAGCGUAUUUUCCUUAACGUAAAUUAUGUAAAACAUCUCGACCGAGAACGAGCUGCGAAACAAUGCUGUGACCAAGGUAGCUCAAGCGUAUUGUGCAUGCGCAAUGAAAUGGCCCCUUGUUUCUUUCUGGUUGAGUUGAUUGAUGCAUUAAAUUAUAUAGAAUGCAAAUUAUAACUAAUGUCCUUCGUUUUCAAGCAUAAGAAACACUUAGAUGUUCUGCAGUGUCAUCUUUUCGUAAAAUCAACUUCAUAAGACAACUACUGCACGCCGUUAAAGAACCCAUUGAAUCAACCAUGAGUAAGAACGCUUUUGGAUCAAUCCAAAGAGAGAUAAAAGAAAUUCAAUCCAACAGCCCACCAUGCGCCGAAGGACUUAUACGAUCCAUAGACAAAAUGGUGAAGAGUCACAGAGAUAAAGAAGAGAAGAAAAUCCUUGAAAUGAAGUUAAAAAAAGCGGCCAUUCAUGGAUUAGACAAAGAAUUGCAGAAAGCCAUGACAUUAAACGGCUUAGAGCUUGAAGCUCUACCACUGGUCCGUGAACAUCUUACUACAAAGACAGCCCUAGCUUCCUUUUUUGCUGAUACUCCCGAUGGAAAUCUGACCAAAGAUAUGAAAAUUGUUAGGCGGAAACUUGGCGAAACACUUGAAACACAAUGCCAAUCUUCACAAUUCAAGUCUAUAAAAGAACAAAUAGAAAAGGUGCCAUCAGAUGAUCAUAUAAGUACCGCAACGCUAAUCCGAGAGAUUAAUGAUAUGGUUACUGACCUUCCAAAUGACAAGGAAAAGAAAGCACUACAAAGCAGUUUGAAGAGAAAAGCUUUAUGGGGAUUGAGCGAAGACCUCCAAAAGUUAAUGGAAUCGAGAGGCUUAGCUCAUGAAUGCCUUCCACUCGUACUCAGACAUCUUACAACGAAACGUGAUCUUGCAGUGUUCUUAUAUGAGAAUAAUAAAGAUGAUGAUGGUCUUCAAGAGUUUGAAACGAUUAGGAGAAAAGUGGGGCAAGAGCUAGAGGCUUUUGGUGAACCCGAAACAAAUUUUGAAUCACCGCAGUUCAAGUCUAUUAAAGAAAAACUAGAAGAAUUGACAAAAGAUGAUCAUACGAAGAUGAUCAUACAAGAUGAUCAUACGAAGCGUUCAUUCGAUGCUUCUAGUAAUAGUGUCCAAGAUCUUAUUAAGGAAGCGCCAUCCCGUUCCAGACUCGAAAGGAUGGAAGUCGGCGAGCUGAAGAAAUUGGAUUUUAGCCCGGAAGAUGCUAACUUUAUCAAUGAGAAAGUAAGGAAGGAAGGUAAAACAGCUAAAUCGAAAGAAACAGACGAAGAAAAACGCGAAAAAGCAGAGGCUUUAAUGGAUAUUGCUAGUAAUAUGGCAGCCGAAAACAAGAAGGAAGUUGGGACGGACGUGAAGGGAAAAAUUGCUGAUUUGAUCAAAAACCUGAAAAAUCGUCCCAACGACUGGAAUCAACAUGAGAAAAAAUCUCCAAAUGAAAUGUUGAACUAUAUUAAACAGGAACAGGAAGAUAUGGGUGAAGUUAAGGUGGCUGACUCCUCGUCCGCAGAUAUAAAAGCCAUUGUCGCACGCUCAAGCGGUGGACUAGCUUUAAAAGGUAUAUACUACUCGAGGUGGGGAUCAACAACCGCUGAUCUUCCAAUCUUAAAACCCCCUUGCGAUGUGUGUAGUUGGAAUACACAGUCGCCGUACGAGACGGGAUUUCGUCAAUUUUCUGACGGAAAUACUGCCGCAAAGUUUUCGAAAGAAGUAGAGAAUUCAGGUUUUUCUCACGCAGACAGCGUAUGUGGGUUUUAUGGUGGGUUUGCAGCUAAAGCAAACGUCGCCUAUGGAGAGGAAUCCUCUGAUGAGCAAGAAAAGUCUUCAAAGACAUGCACAACAAGCGUUUCCGCAACAAAGUUUUGCCGUUGUGCAACGAGGUGCUUUGCAAUUCCUAAAGAACAUAUGGAACUAUGUGAUCAGGCUUGUAAUAUGGCCUCGGAAUUAUGCAAAGAUAUAAGCGAAUAAAGAUUUGAAA